AUGGCUACCCUGGAAGUCGCGGAUUACGCGGUGAUCGUAGUAACGAUGAUCAUUAGUUCGGCGAUCGGUGUGUAUUACAGACUGACCGGUGGAAAACAAAGAUCAACGGAGGAAUAUUUUAUGGCGAACAGAACGAUGCGAGUGGCACCGGUCGCGAUAGGCUUAAUGGUUUCAUACCUAUCAGCAGUCAGUGUCCUAGGAGUCAGUUCAGAAAAUUACGUUUAUGGCACUCAGUAUGCUGUGAUCAAUAUUUCCUACGGACUUGCUACACCCGUCGUCGCUUAUUUAUACUUACCGAUAUUCUUCAAGAUUGGAAAAGCCAGUGCUUUCGAGUAUUUGCAGAAACGUUUCGGAAAAGCAGCAAGGAUGGUAGGAAGCUUCGCUUUUUUGCUUCAGCUGCUUCUGUACAGUGGCGUGGUAUUGUACGCGCCGGCACUUGCUCUGGAAACCACCACAGGUUUCUCGAAGACCGCAAGCGUAAUCGUCAUAGGAUUGGUCUGCACCUUUUAUUCGACCAUCGGCGGUAUUAAGGCGGUCCUCGUUACCGAUGUAUUCCAAGGUCUGUUGAUGUUGGUAGCCAUUGUCUUGGUGAUCGUCACGGCAGUUAUGAACGUCGGAGGCAUUGACCAGAUUUGGGAGAUUGCUCGAGAAGGAUCAAGGAUCGAAUUCGACAACAUUUCAAUGGACCCAACGGUGCGACACACCUGGUGGAGCUUGACAUUUGGCGGUUUCUUCACCUACCUCUCCUUGUACGGCACCAACCAAGUUCAAGUUCAGAGAAUGUUAACCAUCAAGAACCUAAAAGACGCGCAGGCAGCUACUUGGUGGACCUGGCCAUUAGCUUCUUUGAUGUCUCUGGGCCUCUGUUUCUCUGGACUGGCUAUGUACACCAAGUAUCGCGACAGCGACCCCCUCGAGAGCGGAAGAAUCAACUCGUACGAUCAAUUAAUGCCGCUUUACGUGAUGGACAUGUUCUCCGCGUAUCCAGGUGUGCCUGGGCUUUUUAUUGCCGGCAUCUUCAGCGCUGGACUCAGCACCAUCUCCGCCACGGUGAAUUCCGUGGCCGUCGUUAUGCUCGAAGAUUUUAUCAAACCCAUAUACCAUCUUCGGAACAAGGAGCUAACAGUAACAAGGUCAAUCAUCAUCAGCAAGAUUCUGGCUUUUAUAGUCGGUAUUGCUUGUAUAGCACUGGCAUUUAUGGGCCACUUCCUUGGCGGACUUCUUCAGGCAGCACUCACAAUAUUCGGUGUGAUUGGCGGCCCUGUGUUCGGCAUGUUCUCUCUCGGCAUGUUCACGCGAAUGGGAAAUCAGAGAGGCGCGAUCAUCGGUUUAUUGGUUAGCAUCGCAUUCUGCUUGUGGAUGGGUUUCGGGCAGCCAAAGCCGCCAAUUCCAAACAAACUCACUGUACAUUAUGAUUACGAGGGAUCGUCGAAUUUGCAUAACGAAUACCAGCAAAGUAACAAUGACUCAUACUUCUAUCUGUAUCGGAUUUCAUACAUGUGGUACUGCCCCCUGGGAAGUAUCAUCAGUUUUCUACUUGGCUGGAUUUCCAGUUGGAUUUCGAACCUGAUUCUAGGCGAAAAACCACAGGAUGUAGACCCUGAUCUCCUAAUACCGAUUUUGGCAGCCAGACAACGUAGAAGAUAAUUGAAAGUUACAAACAUAUUUCACAACGCAGUGGUAUUAGACACGAUUUCCUGAUAACUUGACGUAUGUCAAGAAUGGUACAACAUACACGUAACUACGACUGAAUUUUUUACAUUCACGCGUGACUUCGCGGUGACAAAUAAUUAAAUCGUUUUUCAACGAUCAUACGGCUUUCCGAGUAACAAGAAGACCUCAAGUUACAAUUAAUCAAUUCCACUGCGCAAUUUUCAGUCGAUCGUUCAUUUUUAUAACCUUACUUCAUCGUCGUACGAUUUUCAAUGUUACAGUCAACAAUAUCGUCUCCGAUAUUUCUAGGGCGAAAAAUGUAACGUCUCGUCAUAAAAGGAAACAAACCUAACCUAUCGAUCAUUUAUUUACAUCGACUAGACGCGCCACGUCUCGGAGAAUUCUCGUAAUUGACCUUAACCUAAAAACAGUCAGAGUGGAGUUCGAAUCUGUGGAACAAGACACGUGUCGCGUAAACCAGUCAAAACGACGUUUACGAAGAGGCAUCAGGCAAAACUGUUAUUAAAAAAGGAAAAAGAGAAGAAAAAAAAAAAUCGUGAUCGAAGAUCUGUCGAGGAGCUCGAUUCGACGAAAUCACGGUCGAUAUUACACGUACUCGGUUUCCUUUCGGAAUUCCGAUUAUCGCCACGAGGCGGCCAACCUCUUCUUCUCUUCUGCAACGAGGAGCAGACGUAAACACCGCGCGAACCACGGGUGUGCUGAACGUUUACCGAAACGUUCGCAAAUCACGAUGGAAUGCCGUCAGACUGGUGUUCCCGUGCGCGGCACACGGUGACAUACAGAACGAAGCAACGACCCGUGUACUGUGCAGCGCUUACGUAAGGAAAUAACGCCGCACGGAGAGACCGAGUGGACCACCUCGAGCUUCGUUUCGACUACUAAAGCCUCAUA